AAUUAAUAUGAGCGCUAAAAUAAAUAAAAAUCAAUUUGAGUAAGAUUCAGAAGAGGAAUAAAUAGUGAAAAAGGUUAAGAGAAAUGAAGAGCAAAAGAAAAGUAAUGAUGAGAAUGAUGAUGAAUUUCAAAUUGAUUCACAAUAAGAGGAAGAUGAAGAAGUUGAAGAUGAUGGUAACUAAUUCUAUAAUUAUUUAGGUAUUUAAACCUCUUCUCAUUCCAGUAUAGAUAUAUAGGCCUAUUUAUAACAAAGAGAUCAAAUUCCAGAUAAUGAUGAAGAUGAGGAUGAUAAUUAACAAAAAAUGAAGAAGUAAACUCAACAAAAAUAAUAACAAUAAAAAGUCCCUUAGAAAUAGGAUGAUGAUGAUGAUGAAGAUGAAGACGAAAUUGAAGAUGAGGAUGAAGAAGAAGUAGAUGAUGAAGAUGAUGAUGAUGAUGAUGAUGAGGAUGAUGAUGAUGAUAAACAACCUAAAAAGAAAUUUAAAGUUUAACAACAAUAAUAAUAGCAAAAAAAAUAAAGAUGAUUUUACAUACAGUUUAUUUAUUUCAGC